UAUAUAUCGAUAGCAGACUAUUGAUAUAGCCAAAACAUAACAUUCAGGCUGAAGGACAUGUAGCCAUGGCUAUGAAUAAAUUAGAAAAAAAAGUCGUUAAAAAGUGAAAAAAAUGACAAGAUUGAGAUUCCUUUUGUCAAAUUAUUUAGGUAUAUUUUUCUUUAAAUAAUAGAUAACUUUAAGUAACGUAAAAUCUUUUUAAUGUAUACUGUAUAAUUAGAGUGCACCGCAUGGAAGGGUAGGAGCAAAGUAAUGAUAAAAACGCGACAAUGGACAGUGAUUUUGAAAGUGAAGACAAUUCCGAUGUAGAGUUGGAGGAGUUAAAUCAGUUGAAUGCAGUUUUGAACGCUGACGAGCCGUCGACGAGCUCGAGGGUCAUCCCCAGCAUCGCCUCUCUUGGUAGCUCUCGGCCCGCAACAAACGUCACAGAACAGCUGGCCAAAAUCGAUAUCGCUAUAGCAUUCAACAAAGAAACUGACGAGAAACUGCGGCGGCUUGAACACAUACUAACAAAUCGCCUCGCAGAAUGUCAGAAAAAAUUGAAGACACUAUCUGACAAGGGUACGUCGAACGAAAGACACGAAUCAUUCAGGUACUUCUAUUGCGGCAAACCAUAUUUUAAAGACAAAUAUAACUUUCCUGCUCCUGACAAUGAGGAUACUAUUAUUAUGGCUAAGUCCCAAAUGUAUGAUUUUUCUCAAGUCGGGUCAGUACCUGGCUGGACAGUUCGAGACAAAAGCCAAUUCAUUGCAGAACUACACAAAAUGUCGCAAAAGAUUAGAAAAGAUGAGCUCCAUGCCAAGAUGUCGCAGCUACGUCGUGAAAACAAAAUCAAGAAAGACAAAAAGAUUGAUACUUUAAUUGCAGGUAUUAGUAGGGAGAUAUGUAAGUUAAAAGAUAAGCAAUUGAAUGAGAUAGCAUUGCCAUUGGACAGAGAAUAUGAUUGGGAAACUUUAGCAAACAGAUUAAACCGUAGACACAUACCUCAAGAAUAUGAAUCUCUGUGGAAAUUAUUCUUCCAUCCUAGUGUAAAUAAAAACGCCUGGACAAAAACCGAGCAUGUGACCUUACAGAAAAUUGCCACUGAUAAUAAUUUGCAGGAUUGGGAUGACAUAGCCCAAAAACUUGGUACUGGAAGAACUGGCUACCAAUGUUUUGUAUAUUAUCGAACUAAUAUGACUAACCAAUUCAAUGGGAAAAAAUGGUCCCAAGAGGAGAUUGAAUAUCUUCGUAGGCUGGUUGACUACUAUAAAGAAGAUAAUUACAUACCGUGGGGUAAAGUUGCAGCAUCCAUGGAGAAUCGUACCAAAAUCCAAAUUUAUAAUAAAUAUACAAGACUUAUUGGGCAUAGAAAAGGCAGAUUUCUUCCAGAAGAAGAUGCUGUAAUCUUAAAUAGUGCUGCUAAAUUUGGCGAAAACUUCCAAAAGAUGCUGGCAUUUUUGCCCGGCAGGUCAAUCAUUCAAAUACGUAACCGAUACCAAACAUUGACCAAAGUAACUGUCUCCAUGGUUUGGACAGAGGCGGAAGACAGGAAACUUCUUCAGCUCAUGGCCAAUCAAGAUAGCAAUGUUACCUUUUCUAGUAUAUCUCAUUUUUUUCCUGGUAAAGAUCGAAUACAUAUAAGAAGUAGAUACAUGACAUUGUUAAAGUGGAUGAGACGAAACCCCAAUAUGGAUUUAGCCCAUGCACCUCGCCGAGCUGCUCGAAGACUAACACAUGGCAAACCAACAGAAAACUUAAACAAAGCUGUUGAAAACUUAAAGACCAGAAUGGAGACUGUAGUUAAUAUGAAAAAAAGUAGUAAAUUGACAGAAGAUUCACCUGAAGCGCAUAUUGAUGAUGCAAUUGUUGCUACAUUAUAUAAUGAGCUUAUUAAAGAAAUGGAACAUAAACAGUGUGAGGAAACAGAAAAACAAAUGCAACCAGAAAUCCCUGGUGCUAAUAUUAACAUAACAAACUUACGUAAAGUAUUAAUUUUUUUAAAUGCUGAUUUGGACAAGGACACAUAUAUUGCCAGUGCCUAUUCAGAAAAUUAUCCUGGUUUAGAUGCUUCUGAAGAUAAAACGUUAUGCAAGUUGAAAAGCUACUCAAAAAAUAAUAAUACUUCUAAUCUUCAAAAUGCUGCAGCCCCGGAUGUUUGGGGUAAUAACAGCUUAGGUACUAUAAACACUGUGCUACCUCCACAUUAUGCUACAAUAACUGGAUGCAGAGCUUUAAUGGCAAUAACAAAUGGUUCAAACAAAUUAUCUGAAGAUGGAGUACACAUCCAUGUAUUGUUAAAACGCAAUCCCACCUUACGUGUUCAAUUCAACUUGCUGAUGGAACGUUUUCAUACAUUAUUUAUCUGGCCUAUGUUACUUUCUAAUGAGAGACCUAAUGAAGCUACCAUCCUAGAGAAUACAAUGAGGGAGGCUAAAUUAAGGCAAGCCAAUUCAUCAGCUUCAUCCAUCAGCACAAUAGUUCCCUCCAUACCUUCAAUACAUAUUCCUACAAAAUACUCAACUAAGAAAAAUAAAGAAGAAAUAGAGAAUAUGAAAGAAAUAGAUUUAACCAAUGAAAGUGAAAUUGAAAAUGUUACUAUUAAAGAAGAUUUUGCAGACCAUCAUUUCAUGGAUUUUAAUUAUGAAUAAAAAAUAAGCCUAUGAUAUAUCUGGAUAUCUUUUUCUAAAUAUGCUUGUCCUUACAUUACGUUUAGAAAAAAAUUAUAGGUAUAUACCUACAUUAAGUGUUAUUAAAGUGCAUGGUGUAGGUGACAUAUAAGUUAUAAUUUGUCAUUAUGAGGCAAGUUAUGUAUGUUUUUCAUUAAAUUAUUAUUCUUCUAAA